AUGAAAUUCUCUGCUGCCAUCUUCGCUGCGGGUGCUAUCGCUGCUUACGUUCCAUCUGAACCAUGGUCCACCUUGACCCCUUCUGCUACCCUUGAGAGUGCAACCACUGACUACACCAAGACCUUCGGUAUUGCUAUCAACAAGGUCACCAGUACCUCCGGGGCAAAGGCCAAGAGAGACGUCGUUACCCAGAUCGGUGAUGGCCAAGUCCAGGCUACUACUGCUACGGCAACCACUGCUGCUGUUGUCUCUCAAAUCGGUGACGGCCAGAUUCAAGCCACCACCGCCACUGCCAAGACGACCUCGAAAACCACCGCUCCUGUGGUUUCCCAAAUUGGGGAUGGCCAGAUUCAAGCCACCACCGCCACUCCUAAGACGACCUCGAAAACCACCGCUGCCGUGGUUUCUCAAAUCGGUGACGGCCAGAUCCAAGCCACCACCGCCACUCCUGAAACUGCUGCCGUCGUGACACAGAUCGGUGACGGCCAGAUUCAAGCUACCACCGCAACCUCCAAGGCCGCUGAGACUACCGCAAACGUUGUUUCACAGAUUGGUGACGGCCAGAUCCAGGCAACCACCGCUACCUCCGCCCACAAGAGCGUUGUUUCACAGAUAGGUGACGGCCAGGUCCAAGCUACCACAGGCACCUCCUCCGUGGCUUCCCAAAUCACCGACGGCCAGGUCCAGGCCUCCAGCACUGCCGCUGCUGGCGACUCGUCCUCUAUCCCAACCUCCUGCAAGAGCGACGAGGCUCUUGCCAUGGUCCUUAAGGACGGUAUCUUGACUGACUCCAAGGGAAGAAUCGGAUCGAUCGUCGCUAACAGACAAUUCCAAUUCGACGGUCCUCCACCACAAGCAGGUGCUAUCUACGCUGCUGGUUGGGCUAUCUCCCCAGAAGGUUACCUUGCCAUCGGUAACACCACCACUUUCUACCAAUGCUUGUCGGGCAACUUCUACAACCUGUACGACGAGUCCAUUGGAGGACAGUGUGAGCCUGUUCACCUCAACAUUGUUGACUUGGUCUCGUGCUAA